CGGGAGCGCGCAUCAGGCAGAGAGAGAGGGAGAGAGGGAGGCAGGGAGCUCAGUGCAGAUUUCAGCGACACACGGCGCGCAGAGGAGUUGCGAUUAAAGCGUUUCCAGAAAUACGGUCGAUUUUUACGCACGAAGAAGAAGGAAAAAAGGAGAAAGAGGAGAAGAAGCUGCAGCAGGAGGAGGAAGGAAUCAGCGACACGGUGGGAUCCUGAGGAGUUUUGGCUGCGAGCAGAAGGAGAAAGAAGAUCCGACGUCGGUCCGCAGCGGUUGUUGUUGUUUUCUCUACCUGGAUAAAUCUGAGGAAUAAUGAGGAACGUUUGGAUAAUUCUGAGCCUCGGACUGACCGUGAUCCUCUGCGGGGAGACGAUAGCAGCAGCAGCAACCAAGGCUUCCUCUCAGGGCGACGACUUAUACCUGGACGACACAGGUUCAGGAGGUUACUACCCUGAAGACGACGAUGACUUCAACUCAGGAUCCGGCUCAGGUGGAGGCGAGGACGUGGUGGAGGAAACGGCGACCGUCAGUCUGGUUUACAUCGAGCCCAACGCCGCUCAGCCCACCCAGGACUCCACCAAAGAUUUCACCCCCAGGAUGGACACAGCGACGGUCAGGGAAAAGACCCGAGACAGCACGAACAGGAAACCCUUUAGAACAGAGGCUCCAGUUCCAGUCACAGAGGACAUGCAGAGGAACCAGAUGACCAGUACGACCAGCGCUCCCGGUUCGCCUCAGGAGCCCAUCGAGGUCCGCACUGAAAACCUCUUCCAGAGGACGGAGGUGUUGGCAGCUGUUAUCGCGGGCGGCGUCAUCGGCUUCCUGUUCGCCAUCUUCCUCAUCCUCCUCCUGGUCUACCGCAUGAGGAAGAAGGACGAGGGCAGCUACGACCUCGGAGAGAGGAAACCCUCCGGAGGGGCCUAUCAGAAGGCCCCGACCAAGGAGUUUUAUGCAUAAAGUCCCGCCCACCCGUCACCUGAUCGACUGAACCUCGAGCGACCGUCGGAGCUGCGGCCGGCGCCGUCGACAGCGAACCCGUUCAAACACGACAAACAGCAAAACGAGUUGAUUAAAGGUAAAAUAGCUUCAAGGAAAAGCUUUUGCAUAGAGUAUUGUAAUUUUUCUUUCUUCUUUUUUUUUUUAAAUGAAAACCUCUCAUUUUAUGGCAAAUCUGAGUAUAUUUAAACAUUUUGUGUAUUAUUUGAAAAAAUAAAAACCCCGAAUCUGUAAAGGCGAAGAAACCCGAUCGCUUCUGGAGCCGUUUUUAGCCGCUGACUACUUUUAACUGUAGCAGUCUGUUCUUUGUAAAGAAAAACAAUUUAAAGUGGAAAUAAUUGAAUAUAAUUAUUCUGUAUCGAACCUACUUUCAUUUUUGUUUUCUUUUUAUUUUGUCCUAGCAUGUCUGAUGUUGAUCUCUAAAGGUGUAUUUCAUUAAUUUAUCUUUUCUCUGAUGUUAAAAAAAAUGCCUUUGUAGAUUUGAUGAAGCUGUCUGGUCUUCACAUUAACGCUGUUAACGGUCAAAUGUAAAUGUUCCUUCAGGUUACAAUGUUUAUUAUUUGCUCUGGCAUCAGUUUAUUUUCUGUCUUUGUUCUCUUCUCGUGUAGCCUUUUCUUCUUCUUCUUCGACUUCUUCGUCUUCUCGUUUUAUUUUCAGGUCUUGAAAAGAUUUUAAAGAAAAUGUGUCAGGGCUCAAGGAAAAAAAUCACAAAUCUGGCUUCUGUUCUGUGUCGUUUCUUUUCUAGUUAAAUCCACAUUUGCACAUCCGUUCACUGCUUUCUGCUGUUCGUGGAGUGUUUUUAUCUCCUGCAGACCUUCCCCCUCGCUUCCACCUCCUUUCUAAUCCCGUCGGAUCGCGGCCGGUCGAGCUGUCGAUCCCGCUUCGUCUCCUUUCAGAGCUGCGUGGAGUCGAUGUGCCGAUGCUUUUAGGCCCAAAGAUCCCAGCAUGCAGAGCACAAACCCAUAAAUGAUCCUGCACAGAAACCUCCAGUGUUACGGUGCGUGUCCACAGGGGCGUUUAUUUCUUACAUGGAAAAGCGUUGCCUCUGAAUAUCGCUUGCUUUAGCUUCAGUCCGGUAGAAGUGUCGGACCAACAUGGCGGCUCAAACUUUCCCUUUUAUUACGAAAAGAGUUCAGCACAAAGUAUGUCUGAAAGCGUCUGAGGUGUUUUAUUCUACCUCUCUACAAAAGGUAGAAACAGUUGAAGGUAACACCAGCCAAUGCAGAUGUUCUUUGACAAUGUUUCGCUUAUAGCAUAAAUUUUUCUUGGUAUUCAAUUCAGUUUGUCCUUUGAUUUGAACUUCGUCAGUUCGGACAUUCUAGUUCUGUUCUUUCAUAAUGAUUCACUUGCUGAGCAUACUUCUUUGUAAAAAACAAAAUAGCUUGAUAGUUAAGAGUUGAACGUGCUUAAUCUUCAUGUAUACAGGGCAAACUUUGGCGCGGGGGUUAAUCUAGAAUGUUAAGCUACGUGUCCACAGAGGCAUCACAUCUAAAUACCGCCCGCUUGGUGAGCCACUAGUUGGUCACAACAGCUGAUUUGCUUCAGUCCGGUAGAAGCAUCGGACCAACUUGGCAGCUCAGUCGCAAACUUUCUCUUCUAAUACAAGAACAGUUCAGCGCAAAGUACCUCUGAAAGCAUUUGAGGUGAGAAAUAAGCUGCUGAAUCUGCACUUGCUUUAGUUCAGGUUUAGACAUUUUACGAAAGUUUCGCGAUUCGUCGGACUUUCGCUCCCCACGCCUCAUUUACACGAAGCAGAGGAGGGUCUGCGGCUGCCAUCCAGAGACCAAACAGUAGAAGAACCACAACUUCCGAGAUUGAAGAUGCUUUUGUUGAACGUUUGCCUGGUUGGACAUCAUAAAUUCAUCCUUCAGAAUCAGACUGUCAACACAGGGUUUUACUGUAGCAACAGGGUCAACGGCAGAAAAGUAUUUCUGACAGCAUUUGAGGUGAGAAAUAAGCUGCCAAAUCUGUCCUCAUUUUAGUUCAACAACGGGUGGUUCAGACGUUUGACAAAAGUUUCGCGAUUUGCUGGACUUUCACUCCCCGCGCCUGAUUUGCAUGAAGCAGAAAUCAAACUGUUUUUUUGCAAAUGAGCGGUGGAUAGCUUUGGGGUUACGAGCCAGCAUGUAGACGCGUUGCAUUUCACGUAGACGAUGAAUGGGAUGUGAGAAACAGACAGAUCCUGUGGACAUGAACCUUUACACCGGGGCGAUACGACGCAACGUAGCUCGAAACACAACGGAAUGCAACCAGCAUGCAUUCACAUACACAACGAACUAAUCCUGUGGAUGGAUCUUCGUAUGGUUAGAUCUGAUCUAAAAAACACUGUUCGGGAUCAUUUCUAAAGACUUUAGGCUGUUUGUUGGGUUUAAAACCAAGCAGGAGGUUUGUUUUGGUGCAUUUCUGCGUUAAAACGCCACAAAACAGAACAGCUGCAGUGAGUUUCUGCCUCCUGGGCUUUAAAUGGACUUGCUGUGAAGUUGGUGCAGCAGCUUUUUUCCCUCCUAAACUCCCUCCUGCAGCUUCGCCCUCCGUCUGUCUGCUCCUCUUGGUCCUUCCUCCUCCUCCUCUUCGUCGCUGUCGUCCUCUCUCGGACUGAAGGUACUGAACUAAACUGAGAAACCCAAAGACUCACAGUAUUUCUACUCCCUCUCCAUCCUCUCCAUCGUGGCCACAUCAUGUUGUUUCCUCCUCUUCUCUCUCUCUCUUCACUCUUUUAGUUCCCUUUGAGUCCGACUUGCUUAUUAGUAUAUGGAAAGAUAUAUAAAUAUAUAUAAAUGUAUAUUCACAAAUGUUUUAAACCUUCAAAGUGCCUACCAUUGGGAGCCGUUGUGCAGGUGUAGACUGGCAUUCUGUGAGCGUGGAUGACUGUAAUGGUAACUUUUUUUUAGUCUUACAAAGCUGACAGUAUUGUACCUAUAAGUUGAAACAACACUACUGAAUAAACAUUGUGGCCUAAUA